UUGUAUCAGAGGGAGACCGCGGCGGAAGCAGAGCCCCUCCCCCCGCAGCCGCUCGCCGCUGUCACUGUGACUGAUGCCGGGCCGCGGUGCUGCUGACGCUAUGGACCAGGCCUUGCGGGAGUUCGCAGCCCACCUAGGGGUGUGCGCAGAGGCCCGGAACUCCCAGCUGGCCGGGAACGAGUGGGAUUUCCUGGAUAUAGACAUGGAGGAUAUAGACCUGCGCUCCCUGCCCACUGCUGUCAUCUGCUGCAACCUGGACGUCAGUGUCUUCUAUGAUGGGCGCUGCAGGGCCAAAUUUGAGUCCUUGUUCAGAGCCUACGAUAAAGACGCCACCUUCCAGUACUUCAAAAGCUUCAAGAGGGUACGAAUAAACUUCAGCAAUCCGCUGUCAGCGGCUGAGGCCAGAAUUCAGCUGCACAAGACGGAAUUCAUGGGGAAGGAGAUGAAGCUGUACUUUGCUCAGACAUUGCAUAUCGGAAGUCCUCAUCUGGCACCACCAAACCCAGAGAAGCAGUUUCUUAUCUCCCCACCGUCCUCCCCUCCUGUGGGCUGGAAACAGGCUGACGACUCCACGCCGGUUAUCAAUUACGACCUCUUGUACGCAAUCUCCAAACUCGGCCCAGGAGAACAAUAUGAAUUACACGCGGCAACAGACACCACCCCCAGCGUGGUGGUCCACGUCUGCGAAAGCGAUCCUGAAAACGAGCUGGAGGUGGAGGAAGAUGAAGACGGGGCGAGCAAAGGCAAACCAAAAAUUAUCCAGACCAGAAGACCAGACUACAUGCCCAUCCACCUGAGCUGAAGAAGUAGACGCCAUGUUUUUUUGUGGAUAGACGUCAUUUUUCACUUCAUGGGACUUUUAACAUGAGGACGGCUGGACACGGCCUUAGGACAGCAGCGGCUGAAUUUAAGUUGGGCCCUGCAGUUCUAAACCGGUGCUAUUCUGGCUCGUUUUGUUUUUGUAAUCGGCCAGGGGCCGCUCUUACUUUGGGAGAGCCCUGCCGGCUUUGCCCGACGACUUAGAGAAGAGUGGAAGAACAAGUUCCGUUUCAAGGCCUUUGGGAAUAUUUGCUUUUUUUUUUUUUUUAAGAGAUGUUUCUUUCAUGGAAUAUGGAGGACUCUUGCUUGGUGGUCCGCUGUGCGCGUGAAGACACAAGUGUGGUGUCUACACUGAUGACCCCCUCGAUUGUACAUAGUUACUGGGAUGCGCACACCUGUCUUUCCAUUAAAAUCUUGUUAUUUUAGGAAGCAGUUUGGGGAAUAGAUAUAGAUAACUUUUUUCCAUAUAUGUUUAUUUUAUUUUAUUGUUUUGCAUGCGAACUAUAUGCUAACAUUUUUCUAUUCUGUGUAAAGUUUAAACGAUUUCAACCUGGAAAAACUGGUGUGUCAGAUGAACGAUCUGAUUUGCAUCAGGAAACUGUGCGGAUAACUUGUGCUAAUUUUACAGUUCUGAUGUUUGUAUUAUUGGGGUUCACUAGAUAUUGAGCAUAGGUGCAGGCCGAUAAUUAGGCCACGUAAACUAUUCUGACUCUGCAGUCAAAUAGCUUUUCCUGAAUUCAUUAUCUGUGUGUUUGCCGUCGGUGUAAUACUAAAAUAUGAGAUGAAAAAAAAAAAAAAAAAUACGUGUGUACUUUAGGUUUGUCAUUCUCUCUGUGACAGGCAGUUUUGUUACACGAACUCAAAAUGGAACCUGUCUUCAUUACCUCAUCACGUCAUCUCACCGUUCAGCUUUCAUGGAUCAGCACAGUUUACAUACAAGCAUUUUGAAUAAAACAAUUACAUUAUCUAUUCUGGCAACUUGUCCCCAACCCCAGUUGCUAUACAGAACCACAUGCUUACUGAGGGUAUGGGUCGUUGGGUCAACUCAACUUAGGUCGACAGUCAUUAGGUCGACCAUGGAAGGUCGACAUGCAUUAGGUCGACGGGCAAUAGGUCGACAUGUACUAGGUCGACAGGUCAAAGGUUUGACAUGGGGUUUUGGACUUUUUUCUGUGUCGUUUUCUUCGUAAAGUGACGGGGAACCCCAAUUAGUGCACCGUGUCCCCUCGCAUGACUCGCCAUGCUUCAGGCAUGCGCACGGCACAGGUUACCAUUCCCAACUAUAGUCCACGUGGAUCGUCAAGUAUGAAAAAGUAUCCCCCCAAAAAGUGAGAAACUCAUGUCGACCUAAUGAUCCUGUCGACCUAAUACAUGUCGACUUUUAGUGGUCGACCUAAGCUGUGUCGACCUAACGACUGUAUCCCCUUACUGAAGGGUGGCAGCCUUUUUGUUCACUAGGGGCUACUGACAUCACCGAGGCACUAAGCACAAACUCCUAGUGAACUGACCACAAAAUGGCUGCCUCCACUGUCCUUACACAGGUACACUUUAAAUCUGGGUUUUCAAAGGCAGUAUCUGGAAAAAGUAGAGCUUUAUUUUAGUUCUUGGUUAUUAGAAAAUCAAUACUAUUAUUUGUUUUUGCGUCACUUUGGCGGUGGUGCUACAGUUUACAUACCCUCCAACAUUUUACACAUAAAAAUCGGUGCAAAGUAGAAAGGGGCCGUGGCCAUGGGUGAAGGGGGCGUGGCCACAACCCUUUUCCUACACUUUCAAUGGAAGUUUGGAGAGCCAAAAAUAGGUACAGACCAUAAAUAAAAAAGUUACUGUACCUGCUAAAAAGGUAGAGUUGGAGGGUAUGAGUUUAUGGAUCAUUUUCAUGUUUUCCAUGCAUUCAGCGUGGCUGCUUCCACCAGACAUGUACUGUAUGCAUAUGCUUUGUGUAAAUAUGUAGGAAAUGCUUAAAUCAUGCACAUAAAACAGUGUACACGUCCUGUUCUCCCACUUGAGGAAAAAAUAAAACCAAUUGUUUUUGUGCAGUGUAUUGUUUCUUUGAAGGCAUCUAUGUGGUAACUUUAUGUCCCUUUUAUUAGGAAUCAAGUCCUUACCUUAUUAUACUUAUCUGUAUGUACUAACAUGCACUGACUUAUAACAGCUAAUCGUGCAUUGGCUUUCAUCAGUCUUCAUUGCACUACAGUGAUAAAAGCCGGUAUGUGAUUGGUUGUUAUAGAUUAUAGCUGAUUUUCUAAGGUGUGUUUAAUAAUAUGUAACUGGUACAAGUGUACUGUAAGGCAUAACCAACCAAGUGACAAACUUGCACAUCAAAUCCAUAAACAGUGCAUUAGCUGUCUGUCAUCUGAGGUCAUAGUGCUAGUUAUGUAAUGUCUACAACAGUGGUUAUUGGAGGCAAAUCUCUUCUUUUCAAAGGACCCCCUACUCCUAAUGCAGUAAGUUUUGCUGAUGUACUAUAGUGAGAGCACCUGUAGAAAAUCACCCAGUAUAAAACCCGACAUUUGUACAAAACGCUUUUCUUUUUAAAGCGCUUCUUCACGAAACUGAUUUUUUUUUUUUAUGGCGCUGGUAGGGGCAACCUAAUACACUACAACAAAAUAUACACUAUAAUGAUUACCUGUUUCAAAGGAACGGUCUGAUAGAGGGGCUUCCAGAUGGAACAGCCCAGAGCGUCACAUAACUAAGCCCCGCCCUUUUUCUUUGUUAAUUGGUGCUUUGAUCUGUAAAGGGACGCUAACCACAAAUAUUAUCUGCUCACUUGAUCCUAGUACAGCAAAGUGUUGAUGGCAUCAGUUUAUUGUAAUCCUCGGUGCAAGCUAUAAGUAACUAUUCAGAGUUAGGUCUUCCACUUCUUUGCCUGCUGUUCUUCAUAGUUUAUCACAUAACAUUACACAAUGACGUCCUACCGCACCCAAUGAGAUGUCUACUAAACUAGGCUCUCAAACUCUUGUAUGGUGACUGGUUCAUCACAGACUGAUCACAGUAAGACUGAUGGGAGGGCAAGAAGGGAAACAAUGGCAACUCUACUGAAUGGUUGGUUAGCGCAAUGAUGGAAACUAGGUAACAGUCCUAAAACAAAAAUAAGCUUGCACUUUAAACUCUCUUAUCAAUAGGAAAAACAAAAUAAAGGGUUAGAUCUGCAGUACUGUCGUUUGUUAUAACGCAACACUUAUGAUGUCAAUAUCGAGUAAAUGUCAGCAGGAGGGUACAAGUACAAAAAAAAGAAGUUGAAGAUCCGACUUUGGCAAAUUGAAUUCGGUUAUUGUGUCUGCUGAUCACACUGUUCAUCUGCUCCUCUGUUUUAUGACUGUGUGUAGUGUAUAUUUAUAUAUGUAUAUUUAGGAUCGUGUGUACAUUAUCCGCUCACUGGGCGGCCCGCGUCCUGGGAGGUAUUAGACGCUCCGCCAGUCACCUCCAGAACGUCUACUGCCUUACUGCAGGAUUGGGUCCAUUACCGUCUAUGUUUUCAUACAAAUUGUUUACUCUUGUCCGUUUCUAAACUGGAAGCCUGGUUGUGGGGGUUUUGUUCUCCCUCCAUGGCUGUUCUGUAAAUGUUUUAGACAAUAAAUUUGCUUUGAAUGAG